GCAAAAAGGCCUCUCACUAAGGAUCUCCUGCAUCCCUCUACAGAGAAGAGGAAACACAAGAAGAAACGCCUGGUGCAGAGUCCCAAUUCCUACUUCAUGGAUGUCAAGUGCUCAGGAUGCCACAAAAUCACCACGGGUUUUAGCCAUGUACAGACGGUCGUUUUGUGUGUCAGCUGCUCCACUGACCUCUGCCAGCCCACGGGAGGCAAAGCGAGGCUUACAGAAGGAUGCUCCUCCCAAAGGAAGCAACACUAA